GGUUUCUGCGUUUCGUGCCGGCGGGACAGAGACGACGUUGCCAUGGGGAGAAAUGUAUGUUUGAUGUGUUUUGUGGCUAGCACUUACAACACUCCCUCUCCUACAGGACCUGCUAGGUGUUAUCGCCAGAUCAAGAACAAACCAUACCCCAAGUCGCGGUAUUGUCGUGGUGUACCGGACCCAAAGAUCCGUAUCUACGAUGUGGGCAUGAAGAAGAAAGGUGUCGAUGAAUUCCCCUUCUGUGUGCACUUGGUGAGUUGGGAGAAGGAAAAUGUGUCGAGCGAGGCUUUGGAAGCUGCACGUAUCGCCUGUAACAAAUACAUGGCCAAGUUUGCUGGGAAGGACGCCUUCCACUUGAGGGUCAGGGUUCAUCCUUUCCAUGUCCUUAGGAUCAACAAGAUGUUGUCGUGCGCCGGGGCUGAUAGGCUCCAGACUGGCAUGCGAGGUGCUUUCGGGAAGCCCCAGGGUACCUGUGCCCGGGUGGCCAUCGGGCAGGUGCUCUUGUCUGUGCGCUGCAAGGACGGGAACAGCCAUCAUGCACAGGAGGCCUUGCGCCGUGCUAAAUUCAAGUUUCCCGGCCGUCAGAAGAUUAUUGUCAGCCGAAAAUGGGGAUUUACGAAAUUCAGUCGCACUGAUUUUGUGAAAUGGAAGUCUGAGAACAGGAUUGUCUCCGACGGUGUGAAUGCUAAGCUUCUCGGAUGCCAUGGACCGUUGGCUAACAGGAAACCCGGAAGGGCGUUUUUGUCGGGGCCGGUUCAAGGAUGAUGAAGUUUUCGCUUCGGUUUGAGGUAACUUCUUACCUUUGGAAUCUCCUACCUCUUUAAUUUUAAUUUUAGCUUCUGCCCAAGUUGUUGAAUUGAAUUCACUCUUUUGUGAUUUAUCAAAGUUUCAAACUUUGUUUGUAUUGAA